ACGGAACAAGAUUAUUCUUCAAGCAACCACGAAAGUACGUGGUGCGUGCGGAGCAGAAAUAUUUAGUGUUAAGUAAUUUAUUAAGUUUUAAAUUCAACAAAAUGAGGGAAAUCGUUCACAUUCAGGCCGGACAGUGCGGCAACCAGAUUGGAGCUAAGUUCUGGGAGAUCAUCUCCGACGAACACGGCAUCGACCCCACUGGCGCCUACCAUGGCGACUCUGACUUGCAGUUGGAACGCAUCAAUGUUUACUACAAUGAGGCUUCCGGUGGCAAGUACGUCCCCAGGGCCAUCCUUGUCGAUCUCGAGCCUGGCACUAUGGACUCAGUGCGCUCGGGGCCCUUCGGACAGAUCUUCCGUCCGGACAACUUCGUUUUCGGACAGUCCGGAGCCGGUAACAACUGGGCUAAGGGACACUACACCGAGGGCGCCGAGCUCGUCGACUCAGUCUUAGACGUCGUCAGGAAAGAAGCAGAGUCAUGCGACUGCCUCCAAGGAUUCCAACUCACACACUCGCUCGGAGGUGGUACCGGUUCCGGUAUGGGCACACUCCUCAUCUCCAAAAUCAGAGAAGAAUACCCCGACAGAAUAAUGAACACAUACUCAGUUGUACCCUCGCCCAAAGUAUCAGACACAGUCGUAGAACCUUACAAUGCCACACUCUCAGUCCACCAGCUCGUAGAAAACACAGACGAAACAUACUGCAUCGACAACGAGGCUCUCUAUGACAUCUGCUUCCGCACGCUGAAACUAUCCACACCCACGUACGGCGACCUCAACCACCUCGUGUCGCUCACAAUGUCCGGCGUGACGACGUGUCUGCGGUUCCCUGGCCAGCUGAAUGCGGAUCUCCGCAAGCUGGCCGUCAACAUGGUGCCGUUCCCGCGUCUGCACUUCUUCAUGCCGGGCUUCGCGCCGCUCACAUCCCGCGGCAGCCAGCAGUACCGCGCCCUCACCGUGCCAGAGCUCACCCAACAGAUGUUCGACGCCAAGAACAUGAUGGCGGCUUGCGACCCGCGGCACGGACGGUACCUCACCGUCGCUGCCAUCUUCCGCGGCCGCAUGUCCAUGAAGGAGGUAGACGAGCAGAUGCUCAACAUCCAGAACAAGAACUCCUCCUACUUCGUCGAAUGGAUCCCCAACAACGUGAAGACAGCCGUGUGCGACAUCCCGCCACGAGGUCUCAAGAUGGCCGCCACCUUCAUAGGCAACUCGACCGCCAUUCAGGAGCUGUUCAAGCGUAUCUCGGAACAGUUCACCGCUAUGUUCAGGCGCAAGGCUUUCUUGCACUGGUACACGGGCGAGGGCAUGGACGAGAUGGAGUUCACCGAGGCGGAGAGCAACAUGAACGACUUGGUGUCCGAGUACCAGCAAUACCAGGAGGCCACCGCCGACGAGGACGCAGAGUUCGACGAGGAGGCGGAACAGGAGAUCGAGGACAACUAAGCGCCCGAUCCCCGCCAGUCACUGUAACCUCCCCCUCACUGCGUCCCGCCUCUCGGGAUGUAUGCAUUUUUUCGCUUAGCAUUUUUUUUACAUGUAAUUUGUAAAGUCCUGGACAAUUUAAGUUUCAACUAGGGAGCAUUUUGUUACAGUUUCAUGGUUACGUUCACAUUCCCAGUGUUUUUCCUUGACCGAAGGCUGCUCGCCGGUUGUUUACGUCGUAAACAUAACCUCCCUGACGCAGUCAUUCGACUGACCACCCGGUGCUGUGAAUACACUGAUGACACAAAAGGAAAGAUCUUUUUUUAUAAGGCUGAACUUGAGUUUCUAAGUUUUAAUUUUUAUAUGUAACCAGUGUGAUAAUUUCACAUACAUUAGCUUUGUGGCAAAAACUAAGCAACAAUGUAAUUUUUCGAAUCGAUCAAAGUUUUUAAUUAUAUUCCAGCUGGUGAAUAAUAAACUAAUUGAUUUUAUACAA